GGCGGCAGGGAGCUGGUGGAGCUGAAGGUGAUCUGGAACAAGAACAAGUACGACGUGAAGUUCUGCCUGGACAGCACGGGGGCCGAGCUAAAGCAGAAGAUCCACUCGCUCACAGGGCUCCCCCCAGCCAUGCAGAAAGUUAUGUUCAAGGGACUUCUGCCAGAGGAGAAAACGUUGCGGGAAAUCAAAGUCACAAACGGAGCAAAAAUAAUGGUCGUGGGCUCCACCAUCAACGACGUGUUAGCAGUCAACACACCCAAAGAAGCUGCUCAACAGGAGGUUAAGGCUGAGGAGAACAAAAAGGAGCCACUUUGCAGACAAAAGCAACACAGAAAAGUUUUGGACAAAGGAAAACCUGACGAUGUGAUGCCUUCGGUCAAAGGUGUGCAGGAGCGACUGCCCACAGUGCCACUGUCCGGCAUGUACAACAAGUCAGGGGGAAAGGUCAGGUUGACCUUCAAGCUCGAGCAAGACCAGCUGUGGAUUGGUACAAAAGAGAGAACAGAAAAGUUACCCAUGGGGUCCAUUAAAAAUGUGGUGAGUGAACCUAUUGAAGGCCAUGAGGAUUAUCACAUGAUGGCAUUUCAGCUGGGCCCAACAGAAGCCUCUUACUACUGGGUGUAUUGGGUGCCCACUCAGUAUGUGGAUGCAAUCAAAGACACGGUGCUGGGGAAGUGGCAGUAUUUUUGAAAGCACGCUCACCUCUGGCACAGGAAAAUGACACAAAGCUAAGGACACUGCUGGGAGAGGCCUCCAACAUCCCUGGAUGUGACAGUCCUGGAACUUAUUAAUAACACAUGCUGAACGAGGCAUGGAUGGAAGCCAGAGGUGAUGUUCUUUCACCAUUAGUUUACUUUUAACUUAAAGAUUUCACCAUCCCUUUUCUGCAGUCAGCUUCGACCAUAUUUAAAGCAAAUACAAUGGAAAUCAAUAAAUCUGAAUUCACAAAAUGCCGUGUGUAAUACACUUAAAUUUGCUGAGAGUUGAUCUUCCAGGUUAGUUUUAAAAAGGAAAUAUUACGAUGUCUUCUUGAGGAUUUUUUACAUGAUUUGAACAAAACCAAAUAUUUUCAUAAUCUUUCAGUUGUAUCAGCAUUAGACUUAAUUUAGUUACUUGGCUGUGACUGAGCCUUUCAGAGCAGUUUUCUAAGAACAAACUGUAGCAG